ACUUGACUUAGAGCCUUCUAUAGAUAUACAUAACACAUACACCCUUCAUUUGAUCGGCAAAAUUUAUCUUUCGGCAGCAUACUAAAAACUGUUGUAAAUUAACGUAUCUGUACCGUGUUCUCCUGUUGGGUUAUUGGUCCCAAGUGUAUAGACUGCCCGUUUUCCGGUUUUCCUCCAGACUGUAAAAAGAUAACCACUGAAAAGCCCAACAAAGCCGCUAAAAAAUAUCAAAAUAAUAACCCCGAGAAUUAUCAUCAGUCCCCGAGCCGCAUCAGUAAGCGCUGUCCAGUAAUUCACGCCUUUGGGAAUAUCUAUCGUGGCAGACGACGAGCAAUGGAGAAUUUGCAAUUAACGCUCGGCGAUUUGCCCCAGCAAGUAUUGGCUGCACGGCACAGCAUGAUUCUGGGCCAAAAAUUGGCUGGAGCACUUGGUGAGCCACAGCAUCACCAUCAGCAUCAUCACCAUCUGAAUCACCAACUGAACCAGCUCAAUCAGUUGAGUCACUUGAAUCAGUUCCAUCAAUUAAAUCAAUUGAAUCAAUUGAGUCAGCUACACCAACAUCUACACCAUCAGCUUAAUAUCUCUUCGGGCCUGAAUUUGAAUUUGGGUCUCGGCAAUAAGAUGCAGCACCUCAGCCACCGAAUGCAAAUGGGUCUGGGUCUUGAUGUGGAUCUGGAUCUGGGAGUAAAUUUGGACAUGAAUCCGGAGGGCAGUAUUACCAAUAGUACCAGUAGUACCAGCAGCACUAGCAGUACCAGCACGUGCAGCGAUCAGGGGCAAGGACAUGGAUCUGGCAUUGGGCUUGGUGACCCAAAGCGGACCCAAAGCCAAGUCCACUACGCCCAUGACCCUGCCCAGGAUAAUGGCGAUUCACCGAAUGUCAAGAGUUGUAAUGAAUUGAGCAGUCCUCAAAUAGAGAGCAAUAUGAAUAAGGCGGAUUUCCCAACGGUUUCCGAGUCUUCAUCAACGGAGAUGGACAAGGGGGAGAAGGAUAACGAAAGGGCGCUUAAAGAGAAGAAAGAGGUUAAAGAGGUUAUAGACAAGGAGGAUAACGAAGACGUUUUCCAGAAACUGGAGCCGUCUGCAUCUAUGUUGUUGAAGGCAGCCAACUCUAAGCUCAAUGCCAAUGCCACUGUUUACACGAUGCCUGCUAAAGUAGAGACCCUUUAUGACGGACAACACUUGCCCAAACCGAGUCCCAGUGCAACCUCGCAGGGCACUGGGGACUUUCGCCUCAAUGCCGAGGCUGCUGUAUUCAAGCCAUCUUUUUUGGGCAUUGACUCGUUGGCUUCGCCGGUGGUUUCGCAACCACUACUUCCAGUGGUUUCGCUACCACUACUUCCGGCGGUAUCGCAACAGUUGCUAUCGGCCAUUUCACAGCCUCUACUGCCGACACCGCAUUUGCUAAGCCACGAGUUGUCGGCCCAAGGUUUUCAGCCACUGCAGCGGCUCGGCACUAAGCAAAAUGCCCGCUGGCGCAAACAACCGCUUCCGGACCUGUUCAACGCUGUCAUCACACUGGUGAGGGAACUCUCGCGAUCGGUAAGCUAUCCGGAGAUCAUAAACUCCCUAGCCCAGAGACUCCAGCGACCGGCGGUGGAACUGAAGCGCCAUGUACCGCAUACGCUGCAUGCCGCCGUUAACAAUGGUUAUUUGAAAAAGGAGGGCAAUCGCUAUUCCCUGGUCUCUGAAGUGGAACAAGCUGAGAUCUGGCGGCGCAACCACGAGGCUGCCAUUCGGACUAAGGAGCUAGAGAAGGAGCCAUUAUCCUGGCGCAAGCGUUAGUGUAUGGAAACCCAAUCUGCAUGCCAGUCUUGUUACAGCACCUGCAUGUUUCAACUACGUUUACAGCCUGGCAUGUACACGCCGCAUGUCGCAUCCCGCAUCUUCACCAUCGCAUUUCGUAUUCUUCGGCUUCAUACAUUUUAUAAUUAAGCUUGCACAGCACUCGCGGCUGUGAGCAUGUAGUCCUGUGAGUUGCACAACCCAGAGCCCCGAGUCCUGUGCCGCCGACCAGCCCUGCAAAUUGGUUUUACUAUACGUGACCUAUGUCUGCGAAACAGCGAUCCGUGUGAUCCUCGAUCCGUGGCCUGUGCUUAAAGACACGUAAUCUUCGAUCCGCGAUCGACGGCUAGAAAAAUAAGUCACGGUGACAAAUGUAUAUAUAUUGUAUACAAGUCCAAUGGGGACGGUUUAGUCGAUAUGCUGCCUCCAGAGGAUAUUUCGUUGCCUGAUGUUCCCUUUUAGCGUUUAAACAAUCAAGUUUUUCUGGUUCAGCGCUUUAUUAUUGCUAGCUAUUCGGGUAAAUAAAAUUUUAGUUAUUCA